CCUACUUUUCUCCACCAAGUUACCCGCUGCUGCGACACGCUCAAGGAACAUUCUCCAGCGAGCGCCGUGUACUCUCCGUGAUAAGUCGUGUCGAAGUCCGGUACACCACUGCAAUACUGUUUUCAUCACUGCCGAUCUGAUCCGUCCGCCGAAUUGGCUGUAUGUUGUGCUAGUACUACUUAGAUGGCCCUGUCCCAUGCACUCCCUUCAUGUCCAUCUCAUUCAGUCAUUCAAUUCCGCACCUGUAAUAUGUGGUUUGAUCACCCUUCACUUGUCUGGACUCCGUCUUAAUCCGAAAUAUGAGAUGCCGCAGUCUAUCGAUACGAUACAGCUCGUCCACUUGUUCUUAUGGGUAUGUUCAACACCUCUUCUCACGACGCGCGUUCGCAGGUUUGUCGCAUUCUGCACAUUUACCACGUUCACGUCUGCUCCUGGCGUUCUCUACCCUUUCUGUGGUGUCUUACCUUCAACUACCCUCACGGUGGCGUCCUCGUGACAGCUCCAAUUUUCACAUUUCCGAGACUUCUCAUGCACGCAGGACAGGCACUUGACGGUAAU